AUGAACACGUGGCCCGAAGGCGAACAUCAGAUGAAGCAAAGGAAGGCCAUGGUCUUCCCCGGUCUCAGGGCCUUUAAAAGAACAUCGUCAGCCCUCCAUGGUUCGUUUCUGGCUGUGAGUCAAAAACUGGCUCAGCGUCCCGCUAACGGGUGCCCGGUUCGGGACCUGCGGCGAUACAAGUUGACGGGAGUCGCCAUGUGGCUUGGAAUCAUACUGCAUGAAAAGUUAUUAACUUAACCGCAUUAAUUGGCAGGGCUCGGCUAUGUGGAGUGGAAAUGGGAUGAAGGAAAGGUAUAAAAGCAGCUUCUUCCGCU